GUUGGUUCAGCCCCCGUCUACUCCGGGGUGGUGCUUAGCCGGCGCCAGACCGACCCUCGACUUCGGAGGGGCAGUGCCGUUCCUCUAGGUGCUUCGUCCUCACCUUCUUCGACUUCUGUAGCCUCUUCGACCUCUUUAGCUUCCGCAGAGACCCGAGACCCCGGUGUAUGCCCCACCCCUGACCCGGCGAGAGAUAUGUCCACCCCGGCUCGCCGGCGCCUCAUGCGGGACUUUAAGAGGUUACAGGAGGAUCCUCCAGCUGGAGUCAGCGGGGCUCCUUCUGAGAACAACAUAAUGGUUUGGAAUGCGGUCAUUUUUGGGCCCGAGGGGACCCCAUUUGAGGAUGGAACAUUCAAACUUACAAUAGAAUUCACUGAAGAAUAUCCAAACAAGCCACCCACGGUUAGAUUUGUCUCUAAGAUGUUUCAUCCAAAUGUCUAUGCAGAUGGUAGUAUAUGUCUGGACAUACUUCAGAACCGCUGGAGUCCAACCUAUGAUGUAUCUUCCAUUUUAACAUCCAUACAGUCUCUAUUGGAUGAACCAAAUCCCAAUAGUCCAGCAAACAGCCAGGCUGCUCAGCUGUACCAGGAGAACAAGCGGGAAUAUGAAAAGCGUGUUUCUGCCAUAGUAGAACAGAGCUGGCGUGAUUGUUGACCCCAGAGGGAGCAAAAGAAAGUAACCAUAAGAAAAAAAUAUAUUGAUGUAUUUGUCACCUUCUUAUUCCUCAUUGUCAUUAAUUUACUUUAUUAAAAGCAAAAAGCUGUUGUGCUGUUUCCAUCUUCCCUUGCCGAACUGUUCCUAGCCCUUCUCCCCUCUCCUUGAACACCAGGCAACACCCUCUGUGACAUCAAAUGUACUGUACCUGGGUUACUUGCAACAAUUACUAAUGCUUAAUUCCUUUUCUGUUGUAUCUCAUUUCCAGUCUUUGGCAAUUAUUUGUUACUGUACUUUACAGUAAGGUUUUUAAAUGAAUUGUUAACAAGUGGUUUCUUAUGCAUAGCUUUAUGAUGAAGAUACUACUCUAAACAAAGUGAUGGCUGAGGUGUUUCAUCCUGGCUGGUCCUUCACUUGUAUUGGGUUUAAAAGUGUUUAGACUGUGGCCUAGAGAGCAAGGAAACAAGCCAUCCAAACAUUAGUUUUGAAAGGGGAAUGGAGGCCAAAAAUUCCGAUACAAUCUUAUGAAUUAUAAGAUGAUGUUUCCUGGUAGGAAGAAUGUUGAAGGAUGCAGCCAAAUUAGUACAGCCAUUGUAGUACCUGACACAUCCUCUCCUUGCAAGACAGUGGUUAGCUACAUCCAUGCUAAGUUUCAGAACACCGGUUUUCUAGGGUUUUGCUUUUAAAGAGGUGUGGGAGCAGAGGAAUGGAAACUCAUCAAUUUUGGAGCUAGGGAAAAGUUGGAGAUCCUUUAGUCUUUCUAAAGGAGUGCAGUUGCCCUAGAUAAACUUACAGUCCUCCAUCUUUUUGUUGUUUAGUUUGACUUAAUUCAAAGGGAGCAUAUCUGUGGCAAAGUAUUUUCCACUCAAAUUCUGAGUUACCGCUGCAUGCUUUAGUUUCUUCCUCCUUUUCAACGUUAUGACAACCUUAAAGCCAAUGUCAGCAAUCUUUCUUUCAAUAUUUACACUUUUAGAUAUAGUACCUUUAAGUAGCAGUGUGGGACAAGGCUUGUAAAUGUUUUGUCUGAUAUUCCAUUGUUAUCUUUUAUGCAUUUAUUGCUUUUCUAAAUCUAACUUUGCACAAGUAACCCAUGUAAAAAAUGUACAUUUUUCAAAACUUGUAAAUAAAAAUAACCUUAAAAUUU